CGCUGAAGUUAUGUUGGGCAGCGGCAAGCCCCCGGCCACCAGCUCCAGGGAGCAGAGGAGGAAAGUGGCCGAGAAGACGACGGAUCCAAUCAAGAGGCUCGGCCUUCUGGACAAUGAGGACAUCCAAGUGAUGAUGCAGGGCUCCAGCAUGGUGAAAGUUCGUUCUUCGAGGUGGCAGAAGAGCCGAAGCAUGCGGCUGCUGGAGGACGGGCUGACUGUGUGGUGCGAGUCCACCAAGAGCUCCCGCAAAGCCAAAUCCCAGCAGACAUUCGCGGUGACGGAGGUGGAAUGUGUGCGCGAGGGCUGCCAGUCGGAGGCGCUGAGGAGACUAUCUGGGUCGGUGCAGGAGAACCAGUGCUUCACGGUGGUGUUCAGGGGAGCCAGGAAGAGCCUGGACCUGCUGUCCCCCUGUCCAGACCAAGCCCAGCGUUGGGUGCGAGGCCUCCGUUUCCUGAAGGAGCGCGUGGCCAACAUGACGCAGAAGGAAAAACUGGACCAAUAUCCUGUCAUAAUGAAUUUCCAGCAUGCUCCCCUGUUUUUUUCCUUAACUCCCUACAAUUGGAUUCGUGGCUACCUGAGACGAGCGGAUCAGAACCAGGACGGCAAGAUGAGCUACGACGAGGUCAAACAGCUUCUGCAGAUGAUCAACAUUGACCUGAACGAGCAGUACGCCCGCUCCCUGUUCAAGCGGUGCGACAGAUCCGGGGAUGGUCGCCUGGAUCACACGGAGACGGAGGAGUUCUGCAGAGAGCUGCUCCGACGACCCGAGCUCGACGCUGUGUUCAGACACUAUUCGAGCAACGGUUGUGUGCUUUCCACUGCGGAGCUGCGAGACUUCCUGGGAGAUCAAGGAGAGGACGCCUCGCUGAAUCACGCUCAGACGCUGAUCCUCACAUACGAGCUCAAUGACUGGGCUCAGAGGAACCUGUUCAUGACCCAGAACGGUUUCACCAUGUACAUGCUGUCUCUGGAAAAUGAUAUCUUCAACCCCGACCACGCCAGAGUGUACCAGGACAUGAGCCGCCCCUUGGCGCACUACUUCAUCUCCUCGUCGCACAACACGUACCUCACCAAAGACCAGGUUACCAGCGCCAGCAGCACGGAGCCGUACAUCAGGGCUCUGAACCAGGGCUGCCGCUGUGUGGAGCUGGACUGCUGGGAUGGAGAUAAGGGUGAACCGGUCAUCUACCACGGCCACACUCUCACCUCCAAGAUUCCCUUUAAGGAGGUCAUCGAGACCAUCGCCCAGUAUGCCUUCAAAGCGUCCCCAUACCCUCUGAUCCUAUCCUUGGAGAACCACUGCUCUGUGGAGCAGCAGGCUGUCAUGGCUAAACACCUCCGCUCCAUUCUGGGAAGGAGAUUACUCACCAGGCCUCUUAGUGACCUGCCACUGAAAGAGCUGCCUUCUCCUGAGGAGCUCAAGGGGUGUAUUCUGGUAAAGGGGAAGAAGCACACACCUCACCUGACUCAGCUGAGCAAAAAUGGAAGCUUUGCCAGCUUCUCCUCAAGCUCUGAGGAUGAAAUGGCAAGCGGCAGCAAGAACACCCCCAAAAAGGAUCCCGCAAAGGUCUGUUCUAAGCUGAGCCAGGAGAUGUCGGCGCUGGUGGUGUACUGCAGAAGCGUCCCUUUCCGAGGCUUCGAAAAGACAUCAAAAACGUAUCCGAAUGAAAUGUCUUCCUUCUCUGAAAGCGAGGCCCUCCGCCUCAUCAAAGACUCGGGGAAGCUUUUUGUGAGGCACAACAGCAGGCAGCUGAGCCGGAUCUACCCCUCUGGCCAGCGCCUGCAAUCAUCCAACUAUGAUCCUCAGGAAAUGUGGAACUGCGGCUGCCAGAUGGUGGCUCUGAACUUCCAGACCCCCGGCGAGCAGAUGGACCUGAAUCAGGGUCGCUUCCUCCCCAACGGCCGCUGCGGAUACAUCCUCAAACCCGGCUUCUUGUGCAGCUCCUCAUCCAGCUUUGACCCAGAGAACACGGGUGGAGGGCCCGGUCACACCCCCACCCAGCUGACCAUUCGAAUUAUUACUGCACAGCAGCUGCCGAAAAUCAACACAGACAAAGCGAGCUCCAUUGUGGAUCCACAAGUGUGGGUGGAAAUUCAUGGAGUGGCUAUUGAUAAUGCAAGAGACAAAACCCAGCGCAUUGACAACAAUGGUUUCAACCCACGCUGGGACUGCACUCUCAGCUUCCAGCUGCAGGUCCCUGAACUGGCCCUGGUGCGUUUCGUGGUGGAGGACCACGAUCACACAGCCAAAAACGACUUUGUGGGGCAGUUCACUUGUCCUUUAACGAGCCUCCGCACAGGUUAUCGGCACGUUCACCUGCUAAAGGCAGACGGCUCCAGUCUGUCACCAGCUACUCUCUUCAUCCAUGUAAAAGUCAGCCGCAAAGGAAUUCCUGUCAAAAGUGUGUCGGAGCAUAUGGCCGCCUGCAGAGGGAAAGUGUGAAAUAGGUCCGAAGCAGAUGAAAAGAUGAAGGAUUUUUACAACGAAUGGCCUCAUAAGAAGAGGCUGUGAAUGCGAAGGGAAUGCUGCCUUUGCUGCUCUUAAAGUUUGAACCUAGGCUGUUCCAGUUUCUACUCGGCUACUUCCCAACAAUGGAAGGAAGAUUUUAUUUAUCAGAAAUGAAGAGUUGUGUCCACUCUCAGAUGCAGGCGUGGAGUAUCUGCUGAGAGACAGAAAAGAGAGCACUGGACACUCACCAAACACAUGUUUAAAGACCGACUGAAAAAACAUUGUCUUAGCUCUUAAAAAGUCCUGUACAGAGACAGGCGUUUUUCAGAAUUACUGAUUUUAGAAAUAUUUUAGCUUUUUUAAAAAUAUAGAAUAGCUUACAUUUUAACUUAAGAUAUGAGAGUUUUUGAACAGAACAAAAAUAGCACUGACUUUAAUAAUGUUACAACUAACGCAGGUGCUACAAAGAAACCAAGCGAAGCCAGCUGCUGCCAAUGUUUAACUGAAGUAUUAUUUUAUCACUGCUGGCUCAUACAGAUCAUUAUGUGUGGUCAGGUUGAAUAGUUCAUGAACAAACGUCAAGGAGUUUUCGCAGUCAGUCUUAACUGAUACAUUAGAUACUUUGGCACUUUUAAUAUCUCUAUGAAAGACAAUGUAUUGUAUGUUUCAACUUACAGAAAUACUUAACUUAAUAUAUAGAUAGUGUACAUGCAGAUCAUUUGUACUUACAAAGUCUUUGCCUCUGUAUGUUUCAUGUCAGUUUAAGUGACAUGUGAUGCCACAUUUUGUCUUACUUUGCAUGUAGACUAAUUCCUUGUGUCUAUUGACAUCCUUGUUUAGUAUUUAGUUUUGCGAAUCUUAGCUCACUUUUUCAGGAAAUUGUACUUUAAAACUAUCAACAGUCUUUAACAACCAGUGGUGACUGCAGGCAACAACAAACACUUCACUGACACCAGCAAAAGAGGGAAUGCUCAGAGUUGGCUGUAAUUAUAGUUUAUACAUAUAGUGGAUUUAAUAAGGUUCUAAUGUGGUGACUUUGCUGUGUUACAGUUUUAACCUGCUCAGCAUUAUGUGCACAUGAAAAGAUGCUGCUUUUAUAAAAAUAUUGAUAACAUCACAA